UGAUGUGUAUGAUGUAUAUAUCGGUGUAUGAUGUGCUAUCAGAGCAGACCGGCCCAGACCCGAUCCCUGGCCUUGCUAACCGGAUCUCUGGACCCUGGUCGCGUCAAAAAAGUGCAUGCAUGUGCACGGGGAAGUCAUGCCAAAGGUGGCUGUAACUGCGGUUUUGGUCCAGAGGGGGAUUUGCGGCAGGGUCGGGGCUUGUGAGGGCCCUGAGACAGCAGCCCCAGUGGGCCCUGGACCCCCCUGUCCGACCCUGGAUGUUACUCUCAGUGGCCUUUUUGAAUUCCAGGCUUUGAGGAAAGUAUUGUUUACAUACAACCAAGUGUACUGCCAAACCUCCUGUAGGCUGCCAGUCCACAUAGGGCCUAUCACUCACAGUCCUUCUUUGUAAUCCCACAUUUGAAUGUGGUUUACAAGUAAAAAUGGUUGGUGACCCCUGAUCUAGAGGGACAUGUAGAGAAACAUGGAGUCAUAGAACCAAAGGUUAACUCUGUGCCAUCUGCAUAUUUAUUUUUUGAAGGACCCCUUAUUGUAUUGUUUAUUGGAACUCUAGGUAAUAAAUUGAAAUAGGGAGUGGGAUGUGACUUAUAAUAAUUCCUGUAAUGAUGCUGUUUUCAUUUAAUUUCAUUCUUACCCUGCACUUUGGGGUAUGUAAAUAUCCCAAUAUGGGGUGAAUCCAUUUCAUGCCAGUGAUGCUAGAGUUUAAUGGGUGGGAUGUCCCUUAUUCACUGUGUAAGAAGCUUUACACUGUAGGGAAGAGAAAGUCUGCAUUUUGGGCUCAUAACCACUCUCACAUAAACAAAUGACAAUAAAUUACUUCCCAUGGUCAUAAAAGCCAAUGUGAAUGGACUUUCAUAUAUUAAACAGCCCAGAAUCAGAUUCUUGAAUCUAGAAACAGACUGGACAAAUGGAAUGAAGUAUAAGAAAGCCGAUAAAUGAACAUAAUAGGUGGGGGGGUGCUAUCUGCACUUCCUACUCUUAUGGAUGUACUGUAGACUUGCUGAAGUACUUGCACAAUUAAAUCAAACACCAUUUGAGCCCAUACUGGAUAUCCCUCCCAAGGAACCCCUAAUGAGAGUUCACUGUAACUAUAACUGACUGUACCUGGCUCUGCGCUGCAAUGUUAUCUUACAGCCUGUGCCCAGGUGAUGAUGUCAUCAGAUGGCACCUUACACUAAGCAAGAGACCGUUAUGACAGUUGGUGUGACAGCGUCAGAGAGAGAAGAAGCAGAAGAGAGAGCUCCAGUGGAUUUUAAGAGAAAAUGAAGAGAAAAUAUUCUAAUUCUGGAGAAUCUGACCCCCCACCUUCAAAGGAGAAGAAAAGAAGAGAAGACCAUGACGAAGAGGAAGAAGAAAGCCAGAAGGAGAAGAGAGAGAGGAGUUUGGAGGAACAGCUGCCAGAGAAGGGCUGCAGGGAGGAGAGCAUACCUUCUGGUUUUAAAGAUUCAGACCCUGAGCCCUCAAAGGUGAAGAAAAGAAGAGAAGACCAUGAAGAAGAGGGAGAAGACAACCAGAAGGAGAAGAGAGAGAGCAAUUUGGAGGAACAGCUGCCAGAUAAGAGCUGCAGGGAGGAGAGCAUACCUUCUGGUUUUCAAAAUUCAGACCCCCAGCCAUCAAAGGUAAAGAAAAGAGAAGACCAUAAAGAAGAGGAAGGAAAAAAACAGAAGAAGAAGAAGAGAGAGAGGAGUGUGGAUGACCAUCUGCAAGUUGAGUGCUACACGGAGGAGAAACGGAGAAGGCAGGAGACUGAUGAAGGAGAAGCUGGACCUGUGAGUGCAGAAGCUCAACCUUCAAGGCUAAACCCGCUCAGUAUCUCCAGUUACAACUUCUACUCUAAGUUGGGAGCAGGAGGAUACGGCAAAGUAAUGCUGGCUUCGUUAGGAGACCGGAGGCCAUAUGUGGCUGUAAAAUCUGUCCGCAAACAAGAGGCCCCAAAUUACAACAACAUUCUCUCAGAGUCUCAAGUGCUGAACAUCGCCAGACACAGCCCAUUUCUUUGCCAAGGCUAUGCCGCUUUUCAAACCCAGUGGCAUGCCUUCUAUGUAAUGGAGUACCUGAGUGGGGGAAGCCUUGAGGAUGAGCUGAAGCAACACGGGACACUGUCCAUGGACAGAGUACGGUUCCAUUCUGCGGAGGUGAUUUGCGGCCUACAAUACCUGCACGGCCUCGGGAUUAUCCAUCGAGACAUCAAACCCAUGAACAUUCUAUUGGACCAUCAAGGACACGUUAAAAUCGGUGACUUCGGCCUGGCAAAGCAGAGCCUCUUUGAUGGAGACCUAACAACUGGCUGGGCCGGAACCAUAGAAUACAUGGCCCCGGAGAUCCUGAACAGAAAAACAUACAACGCAGCAGUAGACUGGUGGUCAUUGGGCAUCACCAUCUGCAAAAUAGCCACUGGCAAGUCACCGUUUCAUAACAGCGGGAACAAGAAUCAGCUCAUUAGUUCCAUCAAAGACCAUGAACCCAAGAUCCCUGAUUGGCUGGAUGAAGAUCUAAAACAUCUUCUGGGGCAGCUGCUAGAAAAGAAUCGGAAGCAACGCCUUGGUGUUCGAGGAAACAUCAGAUGCCACCCAUUCUACAAAUCCAUCGAUUGGGUGGCGCUGGAAGAGGAAGGAUUACAACCCCCUUACCAGCCGAGAACACCAUCACCUGAGCUAUUCCAGCCGUAUAAAGAGAAGCUGUCAUUCCUGGAGUACAAGGAGGAUGAAGGAACAUCAGGAGACAGUGACACCAUUCCCGGCUUCUCAUUUCAAAGUUCCACCUGGCUGACGUAAGUAUGGAUAGGCGUGUAAUCCAGCCAAUAAUAACAACUAUUCCAUCAGCACAGGUUUUAGCAGAUAGUGGACAUGAUUGUGGGCUGCAAGAACUUUUCCCGCCUGCUGCAUAAAGGCCAGAUCAUCUCUUGAGAUUCCUGUUUCAACCAUCGGCUCCACCUUCACCUGGGAUUCCAUCUACCAGGGUAUGAGACUGCCGGGUAACAUCAGGCCUAGAAUUAUGAGGGGUAGUCACUCAUCUGGCACAUCACACGUAAGUAUCAGGUGGGUAUCUUUAUGUGAGUGAAUGUGUGAGUGAACGUGAGAUAUGAAAGGAUAAGGGUGUAACAUGAAGGCAAAGCAGAGUCUAAGAUCACAGCCUGCUUUGUCUUCCUGCACAUCAUGUCUAUGGAAGCCAUACCCUGUUAGUUAUGUAUAUAGUUCUGUAGUUCUCAUAGUUGUGUAGAAAUCCAGGUCAAGGGUUUUUUCCCAUCUGAAGUAAGAUGGGGUUUUUACCUUGUCCUUUAAGUUUUGAUGUUACAUGAGCAAAGGGUGGGACAUAGACACGUGCAGUUUAAGCCUCGUUUGUUGUCUUUGUUUGUCACGUUUGUCCUGUUGUGUGAGGCGUUACACCCGGCGUGCCGGUAACAAGGUUGAAGCCUUGACGUGGCGUUACUGCUCACAUGUAUAAACAUGUGCUAAUUCAACCAAUGCUGAGAGUGUGAGUGACGUAUUGUUUCAUUGGCAGAAUUUGUUUCACUUGCUCAUAACCUCUUUAUCUCUUUGAAUACAGCAUUUACAGCAUUCACUGUUGGAGGCAUGUAGGCCCUAUGGCAGUCGGGACAGGGCACUACAACCUAUGCUUAGAUUGUUUUCUUUUUACAAGCACUAGGUACAGAGGCCGCCAGACCCUGGAUG